CACACCCAGGAUACCCACUCGCAAAGCCAACAGGCAAGGAUUGAGGAUGUCGCAAAGAAGCGGCGGUGGCGGUGGCGGUGGCGGUAGCGGCGGCGGAGGAGGCAGCACAGGCUAUGGUGCACCGCGGUACGCCUCGUCUGCCUCUGUCCCACUUGGCUCUCGACAUCACCGGCUGGCCAACACGCCUCGCACGCGGACCGGAUCGGGCUACCAGGAGCCUCGCGUACCGCAGCCUCCCCUCUUUGCCGGCGCCUUGGCCGACUUUCUCGCCACUGUGCCCCCACCCACGCAGUGGCCCUCGAUACUCGUCCAGACGUUCAUCACCGAUCCCCUCGCGUCGCUCUUGGCCUCGGCCCUUGCCCUCGUCCUGAGCCCGCGCACCCAUCGCCUCGUCCUGAGGCUCGGUGUGCUCGGUGCCCUCUUCUGGACCGCCCUGAGCCUCGCUGUGAUUGCCUACGUCGGCUUCUACAGGGCCUGGGUGCCCGACAUUGGCGUACACCGACGAAUCUGGCUGCAGUAUGGCCACGACGUGCCCCCCUUUGCCGACGUGGCUCUCACCACGGCCGACGGCGCCAGAAGCAUCUUUGCCGAGGACCAGGCCUACGACGUCAACCUGGAUCUCGUCGUCCCGCUCAGCGCAGCCAACAUCGAUCUGGGCAACUUUAUGGUGGAGCUCGAUCUGAGGACAGGUCUCAACCAUACAGUCGUGUAUGCCAGCAAGCCUGCCAUGAUCGUCCAUGAGCCGGCACCAGUGCGAGCGAUGAAUCACUUUGUGUAUGCGAUUACGCGCGACCGCGCAUCGCUGAAGCUGCCCACUUCAACACCACCCGUGCAGCUCUUGACAAUCAGCCUGCUGGACCGUGCGAUUCUUCAGCCUGCGCCGACUUCGCAUCCCUUUGCCCCCCAUGGCGAGGACCUGGCCGUCACGAAUGCGCACCUCUCCGUGGGACGGCACGACAGUCUCAAGUACUGGAUCUAUGGCGGUGGCCACGGAGUCGGUGGCGUCGACGUGCUCGAGAGCGGCAAGGGUAUCAUCAAUGCCGCCUCUGCCGCCCAGGGCUUCCGGAGCAGGGGAGAGCUGCAGACGUAUGGCGCCAGCCUCCGCUUUGACGCGCAUCUCACCGGUCUCAGGUACUUUAUGUACCAUCACCCGCUCGCCUCCUUCUUGAUCUUUGUGACGCUCUUCAUGACCUUUGAGAUGGUGUCGGCCCUGACGCUCUGGGUCAUUGCCGCCGUCUACACGUCGUCGACCAUGGCUGGACUCGGCGGCGACGGUCUCGCCGUCGAGGACAACUUCCGCGGAACGAGGCAGUACACGACUACCACCUCUGGCGAAGAGGCAGACGAAAGGGCAGGCGAUGCCACUGGAAGGGACCUCGCAACGGAAGGGGAAGAGGAAGACGACGAAGACGACGAUGAGGGAGGCGACACGGAGACGGAGACGGACGCGCGCCAGCGCUCGAGGCAGAGCCUGGCGGCGAGGGACCAGGAGGAGCGCUACGAGGCAAGGCGAGCCGCGGCGCUGCGGGACAUGCAGCAGGGCAGGCUCAUGACGGCUGUUGGCGGCGACGAGGGCGAGGAUGACCUGGACGACGAGGAGCAAGUGGGCCUGCCGCAAGAAGAGAUUCCGACGCAGGCCAGGAGGGUCUUGGGACGGCUCGACGAGGAGACCGAGGAAGAGACUGACUUUGGCGCUGGAAGCAGUGCCCUCGGGGACGAUGACUACGAUGACGGCGAGGGACUGGGUGCGCGGGGCUGGGAAGACAUCCGGGGCGAUGAAGAGCAGGAGCAGGAGGAGUCGCAGCGAGCUGGGCCGUCUGGUCUGAGGCGCAGAAAGGGUACAGAGAGCAUCGGUCCCGAGAGCACAAUCGGAGGGUCUUCCACUUCUCGCGCCUCAUCGGCAGCACGCUCAUUUGGCGCAACGACGAGCGCCAGCCGUGCCUCGUCGGUCACGACGGCCGCACCCAGCGGCCCAGCGUUCCGCCAAGAGCAGCCGCAGAUCAAGGAGGAAGACGAGGAGGAAGACGAGUCGAAAGAGUCCGAGACCCCCGUCCAGGGCGAGCCGCAAGAAAAGGGACAGGAUCCCUCUACGUCAGACGAAGCAGACGAAGAGAGCGAAGGUCAAUAGGCAGCGAUUCGAGCUAUCGAUACCCAUUCUGUUCUGUGCAUUUCCUCUCCCUCCUUUCGGUAUUCUCCUUCUUUCAUGUUCUCUCUCGUCUUGUCCCCGUGGAAAUCAUCAAAUUUCAUGAGCGUCUACAC